CUCAUCUCGAAUCAGACCGAAUGGAAUUCUGCACUGCCUUCUUAAAAGAUUCCGCACAUACACACAUUCCUCUGACGUUUUGCCCAGCGACGUACACCGCGCUGGCGUGACCAGAAAAGCUGCUCGGUAACAUUGUGGAUCGGGACAGCAGUCAAGAUAUUCGAGAGCAAAGAAACUAUUAAUAACGUAGCACUGUUUUAGGAGAGACUCAGGAGUGGAACUGCCAGUAUGCCGCUGUUCGGUAAAUCCCACAAGAGUCCGGCAGACAUCGUCAAGACCUUGAAGGAGAACCUUGCCAUCCUGGUCAAACAGGACAAGAAGACAGAGAAGGCGUCUGAAGAGGUUUCUAAGUGUCUGGUGGCCAUGAAGGAGAUCCUGUAUGGGACCAAUGACAAGGAGCCUCACACAGAGACCGUGGCCCAGCUAGCCCAGGAGCUCUACAACAGCGGCCUGCUCAUCUCGCUGGUGGAGAACCUGCAAGUCAUCGACUUUGAGGGAAAGAAGGACGUGUGUCAGAUCUUCAACAACAUCCUGCGGAGGCAGAUCGGCACGCGCAGCCCCACUGUGGAGUACUUCUGCUCCCACCAGGAGGUGCUGUUUGUGCUGCAGAAGGGGUACGAGACGCCCCAGGUGGCGCUGAACUGUGGCAUCAUGCUGAGAGAGUGCAUCAGACACGAGCCCUUGGCCAAGGUCGUCCUCCACUCGGAGCACCUGCACGACUUCUUCAAGUACGUGGAGAUGUCCACCUUCGACAUCGCCUCGGACGCCUUCGCCACCUUCAAGGAUCUAUUGACGAGACACAAGGUCCUGGUGGCGGAAUAUCUAGAACAGAACUAUGAUGCUAUCUUCACCGACUACGAAAAGCUCCUGCAUUCUGAGAACUAUGUGACGAAGAGACAGUCGUUAAAGUUGUUGGGAGAGCUACUGCUGGACAGGCACAACUUCACAGUGAUGACCAGGUACAUCAGUAAGCCAGAAAACCUGAAGCUCAUGAUGAACCUGCUGAGGGACAAGAGCCCCAAUAUCCAGUUUGAGGCCUUCCAUGUCUUCAAGGUGUUUGUGGCCAACCCAAACAAGACACAGCCCAUUGUGGACAUCCUGUUGAAGAACCAGACCAAACUCAUCGACUUCCUUAGCAACUUCCAAAAAGACCGCACGGACGACGAGCAGUUCAACGACGAGAAGACCUAUCUAAUCAAACAGAUCCGCGACCUUAAGAAACCGGCCUCUUAAAGUACGCCCCUCAACCCACACCCAAUACUUAAAACCUUAACUUUUUAUUCACAAAAAAAAUAGAAAAAAAUGCAUUAACCGUAAUAAUUAUGAUUCUAUUUAAAAUCUCAAAAGACAUUUGUCUUUUCUUGUUUCUUUUAUCUUUCAAAGAAUAGUCCUUAAAUGCUGAUUCAAUUUAUUUUGACUUAUUUUUUUCUUCAUCGACUUUGAUCAUUCACGUGAACUAGUGCCACAACGGAAUGUUUGAGGCAGACAAUUUUGUGCUCUCGGGAGAACCAAUGGUUGAAGAGAUUUGGCCAAUGGCGGAGGGAUACGGGGAGUCCAGGGGUCUUAAAAGGAGUCUUUCUUUACCAUUUUAUGCAUGAGUUAGCUAGAUCGCUCCCACCUUCUACAAACACUCCUAAUGUUGCUGCAGAACAAUGAAAGGAAUUUACCAUUUGGAAUUAUGAGGAAAUUCAACUUUAUGAGCAGUGUUUAAAUACACCUGACAGAUUCUAGAAAUGGUAGUGCUGUUUUGUACAUAACUAGGCUAAUACGAUUUUUGUUAGUGUGGAACUCCUAUUUGACCUUGCUCUACUGUGAAUGCCUUGCAUUUACACUAACAGGUAAUUGGAUAUUAAAACAUCUAAAUUCUUUUUUUUCCCCUUUUUUUUUUGAAGACUAAUUAUGAACCUAAAAUAAGCAUAAUGUUUAUUUUUAAUAUGAAAGUUACAGUUGAUAUGACUUAUUAUUUUAAUCAUUGGUUCUCUUCAUGAGAGGCUGAUGGCUACUUUCCGUUUUAUUGAAUGCUAGGGUGUCUUUUGGUUCCUCCACGGGCUUGGUCAUGAUUAUUUUUACUUUAAUUAAAGUGUUUGUUUCCUUUGUCAUGUGAAUGAAUGCUGGUUGUAUCUGUUUGUGAGUGACAUAGUAUAAUCCACAAAGGCAUUUUUUGGGAGACCUCUGUUGAAGGAGGAUAUGGGGAGAUGUUUUUUUUUCUUUUUUUUUUCUAUACAUAAGUGAUUUCUUUGAGCUUUUGUCAUUAUUUAGAUAGGAGUUUAGAAGCAGAACUGUGGGAACACACUAACAGUUGGGGACUAACAUUCAGAGGUGCCUUUUUGGUUUUGUGUUUUCCUUUUCUCUUUAGUAUACUUUAAACACCUUCUAGGGGAGCUUAAUUCUUAAUUUGAAAAUAUGGUCUGAUUGACCAUAUUUUGUGUGAUUAAGCAAUGAACCUCUGACUCACUAUAUCUGAGUUAUGCUGCACCAAGAGGCCAAAUCUAAGAGGAUGUUAGGAGGAGUUGACCAUGGACAGGCUAGGUGGCGCCAUCUUGCUGUGAACAAAUAUAUCACAUGGAGCCAAGGACCACAAAACAAUGCAUGGAGGUGAAACAAAUUCAUUAUCACACUCUGUAUGACCGGAAUUUGUGAUUUAGUUGCAAAACAAAGAAAAAUAUAAAACCAAUCAAUCAAUAAUGUGUAAUAUGAAGAAGGAAAAUAAUUAUUGGUUGUUCUUGAUAUUGCCAAAUUGUGGAUAGGUUGAACAAGGCACAAGGCACAAAAAUAGUUACUUUUGUGUCAUAAUGCACUUGUAUACUUGGAGAUAAAACAAAGCCGCAAGAAGACUUAAGCUGUGACAAUAUUCUACAUGUUUAAAACGAGACUUAACAGAUUCAGGCAUUCUCAAACUGAACCAUCACCUGAGCCAAUUUCAUCUAAUUCUUCUUCACUUAUCCUCUGUUUCUGGACUAAAUGUUCAAAUUAAAUGGUCAAAUUAAAAACAAUUGGACAUUCUGCCCAUCUCUACAACGGGAUUCAUCUGAAAACCAACCAUGUGUAUUUUCCACCUUGAUGCUACAGUAUGACAUCACCAAUAAAACGGAUAGAACAGAAAA